CGCUCCAAGCCAUGGAGGACGCCGGGGCGCCGGCCGGCCCGCUCGGGGAGGCCGAGCUGAACUUAUCCCGCUUCAGCGCGUCCCCGGAGACGCUGGAGUCGGAGCUGCGGGCGCGGGGCGAGGAGCGGCGCGGCGGGCGCGAAGCCCUGCUGCGCCUGCUGCUGCCGCACAACCGGCUGGUGUCGCUGCCGCGGGCGCUGGGCGGCGGCUUCCCGCACCUGCAGCUGCUGGACGUGAGCGGCAACGCGCUCACCGCGCUGGGGCCCGAGCUGCUGACGCUGCGCGGCCUGCGCACGCUGCUGGCCAAGAACAACCGGCUGGGCGGGCCCGGCGCGCUGCCCAAGGACCUGGCGCGCUCGCCGCUCAGCCGCAGCCUGCGGGUGCUCAACCUCAGCGGCAACUGCUUCCAGGAGCUGCCCGCCUCGCUGCUCGAGCUGCGCGCCCUGCACACGCUCAGCCUGGGCGGCAACCAGCUGCAGACCAUCCCGGCCGAGAUCGAGAACCUGCGCAGCUUAGAGUGUUUAUACCUUGGAGGAAAUUUCAUUAAAGAAAUCCCACCAGAAUUGGCAAAUCUACCUUCAUUAAAUUACUUGGUAUUAUGCGACAACAAAAUCCAAAGUGUGCCUCCUCAACUUUCACAGUUGCAUUCCCUUCGUUCUCUCAGUCUUCACAAUAACUUGCUGACGUACCUGCCUCGAGAGAUCCUCAACCUUAUUCAUUUGGAGGAAUUGAGUUUGCGAGGAAAUCCUUUGGUUGUUCGUUUUGUUAGAGAUUUAACCUAUGACCCUCCAACUCUCCUGGAAUUAGCUGCACGAACCAUUAAAAUUCGAAAUAUUUCCUACACUCCCUAUGAUCUUCCUGGGAAUCUUCUUAGGUACUUGAGUUUAGCCAGCAAUUGCCCAAAUCCCAAAUGUGGAGGAGUGUACUUUGACUGCUGUGUCAGACAGAUUAAGUUUGUGGACUUCUGUGGGAAGUACCGCCUUCCCCUAAUGCACUACUUGUGUUCUCCAGAAUGUUCUUCCCCUUGCAGUUCUGCCUCUCACAGCUCUACAUCCCAGAGUGAAUCUGAUUCAGAGGACGAAGCUAGUGUUGCAGCACACCGAAUGCAGAAAGUUCUUCUUGGUUGAAUGAGUUGAAACACUUAGGACAGGGGGGAUAAGGUGACAGACCAGCAAAGGCGGUCAGAAAAAAUAGACUUUGUUGUUCGCUCCUAGAAAUUUAUCUUCCAUUUUGAAUGUUAAUGAAAGAAAUUGAGAGAUGGCAUGAAAGAUUUUGUAUUUGAUCCAUUCUGUAGGCAUGACUCCAUUUCCAUGUUUGGGUUCUAUGAUUAUAGUUCACUCUAAAAUCACUUUGAAAUUUUAAUAGUUUCCAGUUUCCAUUCAGCUUUGCAUAAAAUCAGGCAGAGAAUGGAAUGUUCUAAAGAGCAGUGCUAUAAUUCAUGAGUGGUGUAGCAUCAGAUGAAGAAAGAAAUAAUCAAAACACAUUGUUAUUAAAUAAAAUGAUUGUCAGUGUUGUCCUUAGGGUUAGAUUGUCACCUAUAUUAUAGAUUAGCUAUGUUAUAUUGCCCUUAAUUUUUAUGUGAUUUUAAAACUCUUCCAUUCUGCUCCUUUUUUCUGUUUGAUUGCUGUUACCCUUAUUUAUCCAGCAAAGACUAUUUAGUGCCUUCAUCCUAGCAAGGAUUUAGAAUUUAUUUCAGAAACUAUGCAGAACACUAAAAUGUGUGUUAAGAGAACGGAGUAACAACUGUGUCUAGCUUAUGAGUUUAGAAUCUUUGGUUUAUGGAUAAAAUAAGAAUCUAAUCAUUUUUAAUAGAAAAAUAUAUUU